AUGGUAUUUAUUCGUUCCCUUUCCCGUCAAUUGCGACGGCCUGCUACCCAGUUCCUCUCGGGGAAUUCCAAGCCAAUACUCGCCACCAACACUUUUGCUCGGCCCACUGGUGCCUUUGCCAAUGCACGUACGCUAACCGCAUCUGCCUACCUCCAGGGUAAAGUUCUUCUUGUUCUGUACGACGGUGGUGAGCACUCCAAGCAGCAGCCUGCUCUGCUGGGUACCACUGAGAAUGAGCUCGGUAUCCGCAAGUGGCUCGAGGAUGCUGGCCACACUCUGGUCACCACCUCCGACAAGGAGGGUGAGAACUCUACUUUUGACAAGGAGCUCGUUGACGCUGAGGUCAUCAUCACCACUCCUUUCCACCCUGGAUACCUGACUGCUGAGCGUCUGGCCAAGGCCAAGAACCUGAAGCUUGCCGUCACUGCUGGCAUCGGUUCCGACCACGUUGACCUCAACGCUGCCAACAAGACCAACGGUGGUAUCACCGUCGCUGAGGUUACUGGCUCCAACGUCGUCUCCGUCGCUGAGCACGUCGUCAUGACCAUCCUGACUCUUGUUCGCAACUUCGUCCCCGCCCAUGACCAGGUCCGCAACGGCGAGUGGGAUGUUGCCGCCGUCGCCAAGAACGAGUACGACCUUGAGGGCAAGGUCGUCGGUACCGUCGCUGUCGGCCGUAUCGGUGAGCGUGUCCUUCGCCGUCUCAAGCCCUUCGACUGCAAGGAGCUCCUCUACUACGACUACCAGCCUCUGUCCGCUGAGGUCGAGAAGGAGAUUGGCUGCCGCCGUGUUGAGGACCUCGAGGAGAUGCUCGCUCAGUGUGAUGUUGUCACCAUCAACUGCCCUCUGCACGAGAAGACCCGUGGUCUGUUCAACAAGGAGCUGAUCUCCAAGAUGAAGCCCGGUGCUUGGCUCGUCAACACCGCCCGUGGUGCUAUUGUUGUCAAGGAGGAUGUUGCUGAAGCCCUCAAGUCUGGCCACCUUCGCGGAUACGGUGGUGAUGUCUGGUUCCCCCAGCCUGCUCCCAAGGACCACCCUCUGCGCUACGCCGAGCACCCAUGGGGCGGUGGUAACGCCAUGGUUCCCCACAUGUCCGGUACUUCCAUCGAUGCUCAGGUCCGUUACGCCAACGGUACCAAGGCUAUCUUGGACAGCUACUUCUCCGGCCGCCAGGACUACCGCCCUCAGGACUUGAUCGUCCACCAGGGUGACUACGCUACCAAGGCUUACGGCCAGCGCAAGUAA